AUGGUGACAUUGCUACGUCCUCGCUCAGGUAUUUUGAGUCACGUUCGGGAACUGACUGUCCAUGGAACAAAAAAGGGAGAAGAUCGGUUGAAAUUAGUCAUUGCAGCCAUUCUUCAAGAUAGGGUUCGUGGUUUCUGGACGUUCAUCAAUCUGGACAGCCUGACAUGGUGCCUUCUACUACUGUCUCAGCGUAACAUCCGAUGGAUGUGGCAUUCCCCGUGGCCCACUAGUCCUGGCUAUUUCGAAUCGUCUGAGCUCGACUCUGAAGAGCACCAAGAAUCGAUAGAUUCACUAUUGCCUGAGGUCUCAUCGAUCGGGUUGGAGGUACAAGCAAGCGGAGCCUCGAAUGAGUGCGUGCUCAACAGCAUCAAGUCCAUCUCUCGCUGUUGUCCGAAGAUAACAGCUCUUACGCUGUCCAAAAACCUCGAUUCAAUUUCCGAAGAGUCUGAAACCUCUUUGUCCGCGCUGUUGAACCACCUAAACGAAGCUCCACUGUUCUCCAACCUUACAAAACUACGACUCUGCUCGCUGGACAUUGCGACGCCGGGAGACCAAACGCUAUGCAAGAACUUCAAUAUAUCUCAGUUGCGUAUACUUCACAUAAUAGAGUGCGACUACCUCAUUCCUUUCCUAGAAGAAUUAUCUUCAUUCUAUAUCGACUGUACCGGUAGAUUGAACGAGCUCAUAAUCCUCCUUCCUGAAGACCUAGCUCAGCCGCUGGGAACCUAUCAAGCCAUGGAAAGACUGCUCAGGAUUUGCCCCAAACUCCAGAUUCUCUAUAUAGACUUCGAAGGGUACGGGCCCGUUGCCAAAGAUUGUAUCUUGGCUCACUGUCAGACGCUCAUCUCGCUUCAGAUAACCUUUGGAGAGGACGAAUGGGACAAUACCUUUACUGAAUACAUGACAUCCAUUUCGGGAGCUUGUACCAAAUUGGAUAGGCUGGCGAUCGACAUGCCGAAUUUGGAUGCGCAUGCACAUGAUAUUCCAGGUUUCAAAGCUGAUUUCCAGACUGUGAUCUCCAAAACUACGACUAUACGGGCUUUCCGAAUUUUCACUGUAACUAAGCAUGCCGAUGACGAAGAUUUACUCUUAAUGCGGCAUGAGACUCUUCGUCAGGUACUGAUGCAGAACCUUGCCAACCAAAUUAUGCGAUUCAUGGCUAAGCAAGGAUCCAACCUGAAGAUUCUUAGUUUCAAACCUGCGCAGGUGAACGAGGAACUCCCAGGUCAAGAGCUUGUCAGGGAUGGAAAUGGCCACCGAUGGCCGGAAUAUCAUUACUGCCGUGGCCAUGCGACCGACAUUACAGGCACAAAUGUCGUGAUUGCGCAUCCUUCGAGAAACAUAGCACUGGAGUUCCCAGGUCUUGCAGAGUUCUUCUAUUAA